AGCAGUGAGAGCAGGUUGAGCAGCAGCAGCAGCAGCAGCAGCAGUGGCACAUUUCCUCGUGGAAGUGGACAAUCUGGUCUCAAGUGUGACUGAGGGCAAAGAGUCUCCAGGACUAACUGCUGGUCCCAAAAGAGCAAGAAAAGAAGAAACAGGAUCAGUCCUCUGAGAUCUGACCCCCUCAUUCAUGAGGACAUUUUCUGACUCCAGGAUGAUUUGUCACUCUCCAAACCAACAGUGAGUCUGAAGCUGUUGCUUCAGCUUUCACCAGGAAUAAAUCAUUCCCACGAGGGAGGCAGGAAAAAAAGAGAAGAGGAACAAGAGGAAGGGGGAGGAAAAGUCGGACAUCUACAAAAGACAAAAAAAAGUCUUAAGUCAUUCCUCUUGUUGGAUAAAUUGCCCCCGCUGUGAAAUCUAGAAGAAAAGAAGGAAUUUCAUUGAUGAAUCCAAAGGAGGAUUGUUGUGGUCAGGUGCAAAGAAAAUGUGAAAACUGAGACAGGAGAACAUUUUCUGUCCCAGUUUCUGUUAUUCUCAAAUCCAAUUAAAGGAAGCGGAAGAGACAGAAAAAAAUCUAUAUAAAGACGGAUCCAGAGGACGAGAUAUCACAGUUGAAAAUAAAAAAAAAAGAAAUCAAGGAUCAGACUCUAUUUGUUGUUGUUUUGUUUUUUUUUAUAAUUUAUUCUGAAGGAGCAACUGAAUGCACCUGUAAUUGCCAGCAGUUUGGUAAAGACGGCGAACAGAAUUGGAGGACCAAGUGAAAGAUGAGGGGGGGAUAAAUUGCAGGAGUGAAGACGUAAAGAGUGAAAAGUCAUAAGACACAGAGGAAUAAAGGGAAGAUACAAGAAGAGAAGGGGUUUAAAGUGGAGAAAAGGUGGAAACAUCAAGUCAGAAGACACAAAAAGGAUGAACCAGCCGCAACUGCAGGAAUAAAGAAUAAGGACGAAUAAAAAAAUAAUCCUACGAAUAAGCAUCAAAAGGAUAAACCGGGAGAAGGAACAAGUGAAACCCACUUGUGACAAUGAGGCUCCUGCUGCUUCUUGCUGCUCCACUCACCAUCUUCAUCCUCCACUUUUCAGUGGUGGCCUCUGCUGGCAGCAUGACCUCAGGCCGACUGGAGCGCUGGGUGCGCUCGGGCCUCCAGUCCCUGCAGUGGGACCAGCUGGAGCGGUGCCUCCGCGUGCCCUCCCUCUCUGAAGCAGAGUGCAGGCAGCUCGCCCACCUGCCGCUGUCUGCCGUGGCCGUUUACGUGUCUGAGCCACAGAGCGCUGCAGGUACCUCCAAUAAAGUUCUGGCCAUCCUGCCCGACUCCUCGGGUGGCACAGUGAACUCCAAACUAAGGGGAGGCUACGGCGUUAGCCAGCUACUGAACAGAGGAGACGGCCCACGCAGACACCAGCAGCCUUUGACUGGUUCCACAGCCCACGACGCCGUGCUGGUGCUGGAUCCGAGCCCCGGGGAAAACUUUGGACACCCAGUAUUUCUCUUCUACGUGGAUGUGAAUGUGACAAAGAAGAGGUGUUCCCAUCUGGAUGGCAUUUACCUGGGUGAGGAGUGUUUGACUCUGGCUUUGAAGGGUCGUUGCCAGAACCAGCUGAAACGUUGGCAAACAGGGCCAGAGAGGCUUAUGAGUAAUGGUUGGCUGGCAGGUGGGGCACUGCGAGGCGGCACCAUUACCACUAGCGGAGGUGGAGGCCGCUUGGUAGAACGGACUAUCGGAGGGCUCUGUGAAGUCCACUUCCUCCCACUGGUGGUUGGAGUUGGAGACAGCAACCGGACACAGAGACUCAGAUGUGUUGAGCACACAGAGUUCGCAAGGUGUCCUCAACCGCUACCCAUGGGCUCUCCCAGUUUGCCCGACUCUAGCUGUGAGCUGAAUAAAAACACCAGACGCUGCCACCAGCAGCCACUGGCUACUCACCUGUCCUGUCGCCUCUACCAGACUUGUGACCACGCUGUGCUCAUUUCAGGUGGCUGGCGGCAGCAGAUGACGUUCCACCGUCACGUUCAGAAUCUCCAGAGGUUUUACAGAAUGCUCCGGAACAAUGGCUUUCACAAAGAUCACAUCAAGACCUUCUUUGCCAGCAGUGGACAGCUUCCUGAGGACUUAGAGGGUGUUUACUCGGCGACGGAGAAAGCGGUGAUCCGUAACCACGUGUCCUACAUCUGCAGGAAGCAGCACUGCGCCGACACGCUGGUUCUCUACCUGAACUCACCGACGCGCAAUGACGGCACCAUGCUGCUGUGGGACACCAACCUCAAUGGCAUCGCUGAUCUCAAAGAGCGAUACUCGGUCAACGAGCUGCUAGCCGACCUAGCGGGCUGCAGAGCGACUCGUGUUCUGCUCUUCGUGGAUCAGAGCUACAGCGGCGUUCUCUCAAAGAGGCUACGCGGAUCCCAGAAACACCGGAACGUGGUCCUGAUCCAAAAGCAGCCACGACAGAGUCACCAGAACCAGAGGACGACCCUGGGCUCGGAGGACAGCAGCUGGUCCUUCAUCAGCCCUGCCGUCUGCCUACUGGACCACCUGGGCAAGGACGCAGGGACAGUUCACCUGCUGGAGCCAUGGACGGGCCUUUUAAACGUGACGUUGGCGGGGGCCCCCUGCAACGCCACGCCGCCUCUGACCGACAGGGAGAUGCGGCGAGAGUACCAGGGCUGCCAGAACCUGCCAACCGCGCUCUGGCACCAGAAACACAACAGGAGGACCAACUGAGACAGCGAGAGAGAGAGACAGACAGAGAGAGAGAGAGUGAGAGAGAGAGACUAAGACUGACCGUGAGAGGGAGAGAGAGAGCAGAGAGAGUGACUUAGUGGGAGACAAGUUAAAAUUGGACACACACUCACACACAGAGGGUUUACACACGAGAUGUUUGUCGGGGUGUGUUAAUUUAGGACUUUGGUUUCAGAGUGCACAGUGGACACCGGAGUAUGUGUGUUUUGUGUCCUAACUCUGAACUCAGAGACUGUAACCAUGGCGAUGACAGCUCAUCCCAUUGGGAGUGUCCUGAACACCAUGUGAACUGUGUGCAUGUGUGUGUGAGAGACAGAGUUCAGCAAGAGGACAACCACUCUUGGAGUCUAUUGCUAGCUUGUGCUCGGGUCACUGUGUGUGUGUGUGUGUGUGAUCUCCUGGGCACUUUAACAUUUCAGACUCAAUCAUCUGCCUCUAUUUUAAUCUUGACAACCAGGUAUUUUUUCCUCUUGCUCCAUUUUCUUCCUUUGCUUUACCUUUUGUUUCCAUCUUAGCUUCCUCCGUUCCUCUUCCACUGCCCUCUUGCCUCCUCCUCCUCCUUCUUUGCUUCCUGUCUUUCCUUGCAUUUCU